AUGAUGGACACCAGUGCUACGUCAAGCAUUCCAAGAAAGAAUACGAACCAGCAGUCCUCAGCUGACACUGACAGUGAAGCAGAGGAUGUCUUCCAUGAUGCCCGAUUCCCCGCUGAAGAAGAAGCCGUGAGCUGCAAGCCCCUCACACGUCCUACUCUCAUCCAUGCACGUCUCCUAGAAGAGUCUCAGGCAAUUAAAUCGGAGGCUAAUAAGCUGUUUACGUCUGCGUGCUACGACCAAGCGAUAUCCUGUUACGACCGUGCCCUCGCGUCGUGCCCGAACUAUCUCGAUUACGAAGUUGCGGUUCUCCGGAGUAAUAUCAGCGCGUGCUAUCUGAAAUUGGGGGACUGGAAGGCAGCGGUCGAUUCUGCAACGGCAUGUCUUCAUUGUUUGGACCGGGUGAUCCCGCCCUUCGCACAGCAGGAUACGGAUAAGUCGAAAGGGAAGGAAUCUGCCGAGCCCCAAGAAGAUGCCGUGGUUGAGAUUUCUGGAGACGAUGAAGAGGCAGAGAAAGAAGAAUUAGGCCGGUUGCGGAAGAUUGAUGAACAAAAGCGCGAUGUCGCACGGAUACGAGGCAAAGCUCUCAUGCGACGCGCUAAAGCACGGUCCCAACAAAGCAACUGGGCAAAUCUUCAAGGAGCAGAAGAGGACUACAAAACACUUGCUGCGAUGGAUAAUCUGCCCCCAGAUGACAAACGGGUUGUUCAGAAGGCUCUUCGGGAGCUUCCUGCGAGGAUAAAUCAGGCUCGGGAGAAGGAGAUGUCGGAGAUGAUGGGCAAACUGAAGGAUUUGGGAAAUGGUAUUCUCAAACCGUUUGGGCUGUCAACGGACAACUUCAACUUCGUUCAAGAUCCAAAGACGGGUAGUUACAGCAUGAACUUCCAGUGA